AUGUCCUCUCCGUCCACCGCCCACAAACGCAAGCGCAGUGCGUCCCAACACAUCACCGCCGACGCCCCCAAGCCCGUCGCCGCCGACCUCCUCCAACCGUCUUCUCGUGACGCCUCGGGCGAGGAGGGCGACGAGUCCACCGGUCCGACAAGCCCCCAGCCCAAGAAGCCCGCCGGGAACGUGACGUCCGCGGCCGCGGUGCCGCCGUCCAAGCGGGCCCGCAAGAGCUCGACGACCACCGACCAGACGCCCGCCAAUGGGGCCGCCACAGAGGAUCCGUCUGCGAUCAGUAAGGAGGACCCCGGCGAGCCGUCCGAGACGACCGUCGCCAGCAGCGACAUCGAGAGUCACAGCAAGCGGCCCGGCCUACAGCUCCGGACGGAGCUCGAACCACCCCAGCGCGCGGGCUUGCUCGACCCGGUCGGAUACCAUACCAACCCGCCGCCGACAGGACGGCCGGUUCGCGUGUAUGCGGAUGGAGUGUUUGAUUUGUUCCACUUGGGUCACAUGCGCCAGCUCGAACAGGCCAAGAAAGCUUUCCCCCAGGUACAUCUGAUGGUGGGAGUGACGGGCGAUGACGAAACGCACAAGCGGAAGGGUCUGACGGUGCUGAGCGGGGCGGAGCGCGUGGAGAGCGUGCGCCACUGUAAAUGGGUGGACGAAGUCAUCCCUGACUGUCCGUGGAUCGUGACGCCCGAGUUCAUCGAGCAGCAUCAGAUCGACUACGUUGCGCACGAUGAUCUGCCGUACGGCGCGGACGAGGGCGACGACAUCUACGCCCCGAUCAAGGCGCAGGGCAAGUUCCUCGUCACUCAGCGUACAGAAGGUGUCAGCACCACGGGGAUCAUCACACGGAUCGUUCGCGACUACGACCAGUACAUCUCGCGGCAGUUCAAGCGCGGGGCAUCGCGGCAGGAGCUGAACGUGUCGUGGCUGAAGAAGAACGAGCUGGAGGUGCGCCGCCACGUGGCCGAGAUCCGCGACACCAUCAAGACGAACUGGUCUACGACCGGCCAGGAGUUGAGCCGCGAGCUGCGCCAGCUGUGGCAGAACAGCCGUCCGGGCAGCCCGGCGCCCAGCGCGCGGAACAGCGUCGAUCUGGGUGGCUCGCGGAGCGGCAUCACCAGUCCGACUGGGGGACCGAAGACGCAUCUUUCGCGUGUGGAAGCGAUGGGCCGACCGGAUAGCCCUGUCGGCAACGGACGACAUGAAGAUUUUGCCACGGGCUACAGUUUGGGGUUGAUUGGGGGCGUGCGUGCAUGGAUGCGCAGCCGGCAGUCUCUGAUACAGAGCCGGGCGCCGUCCCCGUCCAGCGGGGAGGACUCGGAGCAGGAGCGUCAGAACGGGCAUGCCGAGGCUGACAAGAUGCAGUCAGCUUAG